GACACGCCAUUUGUUUCUACGUCUGACAUCCCCCUCUCUUCUCUGGUCCCUGGGAGAUUUUUGCAAGCAAGACCAGACCCCAGCGCCGGAUCCAGCAGCGAGAGAAAGAGCCCGACGUGCGGCGCACUCGAGUGACGACACACUCGAGUCUCCGCCAGAGUACGUCAUUUCCGGAACGCUUUCUUCGCGGGGCUUUGUGGGUAGCCGACCGGGGUCUCCUGGCGACGACGAUGGCGGGGGAUGUGGGCGGUCGCAGCUGCACGGACUCGGAACUGCUGCUGCACCCCGAGCUGCUGUCCCAGGAGUUCCUUCUCCUUACUCUGGAGCAGAAGAACAUAGCUGUUGAAACUGAUGCAAAAAUAAACAAAGACAGUCUUACCGACCUUUAUGUCCAGCACGCAAUACCAUUGCCUCAGAGGGAUUUGCCGAAGAAUAGAUGGGGGAAAAUGAUGGAAAAGAAAAGAGAACACCAUGAGAUUAAAAAUGAGACUAAAAGGAGUAGCGCUGUAGACGGGUUAAGGAAAAGACCCCUCAUUGUAUUUGAUGGAAGUUCAACAAGUACAAGCAUAAAAGUGAAAAAGACAGAGAAUGGAGAUAAUGAUCAACUCAAGCCUCCCCCUCAGAACCAUGACUUAACGCAUAGGAAAAGUCCUUCAGGCUCUGUGAAGUCGCCACCAUUGUCCCCUGUUGGAACUACUCCAGUGAAGUUAAAGCGAGCUGCUCCUAAAGAAGAAGCAGAGGCCAUCAAUAACCUGAAGCCCCCACAGGCAAAAAGGAAAAUACAACAUGUUACUUGGCCCUGAAGGAAAGUUUCUGAAAAUGUAAAUAUGCUGUAACUGUAGUUUUUCAAAUAUGUUCAUAUAUAUUGACAGUAUUUACAGAAAUCCUGUUUAUUGUGGAAUUUUCUUAAGAGGUUUCAAAUAGGUUUAAAAAAUGAAGGAUUUAUUUUCCUUUCCUUCUUCCCUCCCUCCCUCCCUUUCUUUUUUAAAAUUCUUGCCUGUCUUGCCCUGAUUAGAAAGAAUAUCUUUUAAACCAAUGGCUUAGUUUAUGUCAUUUAUAUUGACCCUGGUCAAAUCAUUAGCUACAAGCCUACUAUAAAGCAUCCAGUGAAUUGGCUGGGCACGGUGGCUCACGCCUAUAAUCCCAGCACUUUGGGAGGCCGAGGCGGGGAGAUCACCUGAAGUCUGGAGUUCCAGACCAGCCUGACCAACCUGGAGAAACCCCAUCUCCACUAAAAAAUACAAAAUUAGUUGGGUACGGUGGCGCAUGCCUGUAAUCCCAGCUACUCAGGAGGCUGAGGGAGGAGAAUCGCUUGAACCCAGGAGGCGGAGGUUGCAGUGAGCCAAGACCAUGCCAUUGCACUCCAGCCUGGGUAACAAGAGUGAAACUCUGUCUUCAAAAAGAAAAGCAUCCAGUGAAUUUUAGGAGUUACUCUCAUUAGCCUUGUUCAGAGUCUUGGAGAAAUUUGAGAUUUUUCUUUAAAAACUCAAGUAUUUUGCUAGUUUGCCAUUUUUAUUUCUUUGAAACAUAAAACAGUUUGUCACAGUAUUUUAGUAAAUAUUACAACAUUCAUCCUAAAAGGUUCACCAAGAAAAGCAUCUUUGUAGUACUGCUGGAAAACUAUUCAGAAUAUACAGAUAAAAAUGCUAUUCUUUAAGUGCUUACAUUGCUUCUUCCCA